ACUCCCGUUGGCAGUUGUGCCAAUUUUGGGAAAAAGAACCCUACUUUGCUCGAUCUCAAAUGGCCUCCCUCUGUAACUUGAAGUGGAGUCUAAUCUCACUGCACCCUUUCACCUAGAGCUCAAUUAAGAUGGUGCUUCUAGAUCAUCCAUCUGGGUUUCUCUUAAUUCGCCCAACCCAUGACUGAAUCCUACAUUUUAACCCAUUUCGGAAUCAGUUCCACGUUCUGUUUCGGUGUCCCCCCAAUUUGAUCCGCUUCUUUUUUACAAGCUUCAUAGAAACCAAGAAAAUGGCAAAUUCUAUGUGCUUGAUCCGGCAAAUGGCUGUGAAUUCACACCCUCGAAGAAAGCUCUGUAGUUUCCCUCUCCAAAAUACCAAUUUCCCCCAAAUCGCGAAUGAUGUUUGUAUUCAUUUUAUGUUCUUCUCCACCACAAACACACCCGAUCGAAAUGAUGAAACUGUUCACGAAAUCUCCACGAUUCUGAAGCGUAGCGAUUGGCAGAUCCUCUUAAACAGCCAGGACAAUCUGAGGAAGCUAAACCCAGAAAUCGUCCGCUCUGUUUUACACAAGAACGAAAUCGGCGACCCCGUGCGGCUUCAAAGCUUCUUCUAUUGGUCCAGUUCGAAAAUGGGUACUCCACAAAACUUGCAUUCUUAUUCGAUUCUCGCAAUUCAUCUCUGUAGUUCAGGGCUUUUCCCCCGUGCCGAUAACUUGUUUGAGAAAAUGCUUGAGACGCGUAAGCCGCCAUUGGAGAUUUUAGAAUCAUUGGUUAAGUGCUGUAGAGAGUGCGGUGGGUCUAACUUGAUUGUUUUUGAUAUUUUGAUUGAUAACUUUAGGAAGUUGGGUUUUCUGAAAGAGGCCUCUAGUGUUUUUCUAGCUUCCAUUAAUGGCGGGUUUCUUCCCAGCUUGAUAUGCUGUAAUGGUUUGAUGAGGGAUUUAUUGAAGGGUAAUUUAAUGGGCUUGUUUUGGAAGGUGUAUGGAGGUAUGGUGGAGGCUAAGAUAGCCCCUGAUGUUUAUACUUAUACUAAUGUGAUCAAUGCAUAUUGCAAAGUUGGAGAUGUGGUAAAGGGCAGAAUGGUUCUUUCUGAGAUGGAGGAGAAGGGAUGUAAACCUAAUUCGGUCACCUACAAUGUCAUUAUUGGGGGUUUGUGUCGGACCGGAGCUGUUGAUGAAGCUUUAGCGGUAAAAAGAUCAAUGAUGGAGAAGGGGUUGGUUCCGGAUGGCUAUACUUAUUCUAUACUCAUUGAUGGGUUUUGCAAACAGAAGAGGUCAGAAGAAGCAAAACUGAUAUUGGAAAGUGUGCUUUAUUCGGGUCUGAAUCCUAACCAUUUUACCUACACUGCUUUGAUUGAUGGGUUCAUGAAGCAAGGGAAUAUCGAAGAGGCAUUGAGGAUCAAAGAUGAGAUGAUUAGUCGUGGACUUAAGUUGAACGUUGUAACUUAUAAUGCGAUUAUCAGGGGCAUCUCUAAGGCUGGUGAGAUGGAGAAAGCAAUGGCUCUUUUCAACGAGAUGCUUAUGACUAGCGUAGAACCGGAUACUCGUACCUAUGACUCGUUGAUUGAUGGAUAUUUGAAAUCCCACGACAUGGCAAAAGCUUACGAGCUACUAGCAGAGAUGAAAGCAAGGAAUUUGAUGCCAUCGUUGUUCACUUAUAGUGUGCUUAUCAAUGGCUUUUGUCGUUCUGGUGAUCUACAAAAGGCUAAUAAAGUUUUAGAGCAGAUGAUUAGAAACGGGUUGAAACCAAAUGCCGUUAUAUACGCUACCCUGAUUAAGGCUUAUGUCCAAGAAGGUAGAUAUGAAGGUGCAAUAGAAGUCCUACGAGGGAUGACAGCAAAUGGGGUCCUGCCUGAUGUAUUUUGCUAUAAUUCUCUUAUAAUUGGUCUUUGUAAGGCCAAAAAGGUGGAAGAAGCAAAAAUUUUGCUUGUGGAUAUGGGUGAGAAAGGAAUAAAGCCUAGUGCAUAUACUUAUGGAGCUUUCAUUAAUAUAUAUAGUAAGACAGGUGAAAUCCAAGUGGCAGAAAGGUAUUUCAAAAACAUGUUAUCUUCUGGUAUAGCGCCGAACAAUGUAAUCUAUACCUCGCUCAUUGAUGGGCAUUGCAAUGUCGGAAACACAGUACAAGCUUUGUCAACUUUCAAAUGCAUGCUUGAGAAAGGGUUGAUUCCUGACGUCCAGACAUACAGUGCACUCAUUCACGGUCUCUCCAAGAAUGGGAAAACGGAAGAAGCGAUGGGGGUUUUCUCUGAAUUCCUUAACAAGGGUUUGGUGCCCGAUGUUUUUAUAUACAACUCUCUUAUAUAUGGUUUCUGCAAGAAAGGCGAGAUUGAGAAGGCAUCCCAGAUUUAUGAAGAUAUGUUUCUUAAGGGAAUUAAUCCGAAUAUUGUCAUAUACAAUACCUUGAUUAAUGGACUGUGCAAGCUUGGUGAGGUGGAGAAAGCAAGAGAAUUUUUUGACAAAAUGGAAGGAAAAGGUUUGAGUCCCAAUGUUGUGACUUAUUCAACAAUUGUUGAUGGAUAUUGCAAAUCUGGAAAUAUAACUGAGGCGUUUAAACUGUUCGAUGAGAUGAUAUCAAAGGCAGUUUCUCCAGAUUGUUACAUUUACUGUAUUCUCGUUGAUGGUUGCUGCAAGGAAGGAAAUUUGGAGAAAGCGCUUUCUUUAUUUCAUGAAGCGCUGCAGAAAAGUCUUGCUUCCCCCUCUGCUUUCAACUCUUUGGUUGAUGGUUUCUGCAAACUUGGAAAGGUUGUUGAAGCAAGAGAGUUGUUUGAAAAUAUGGUCGAUAAACAGGUGACACCGAAUAAUGUGACGUACACAAUUCUGAUUGAUGCAUACUGCAAAGAAGAAAUGAUGGAGGAGGCAGAGCAGCUUUUUCUAGAUAUGGAAACGAGAAAUAUUGUGCCGAAUACUCUUACAUAUACUUCACUUUUACUCGGUUAUAACCAAAUCGGAAACAGAUACAAGAUGAUUUCUGUGUUCAAGGAUAUGGAAGCUAGGGGAAUUGCCUGCGAUGCAAUAACAUAUGGUGUGAUGGCUGAUGCCUACUGCAAGGAGGGAAACUCUUUAGAAGCCUUAAAGCUGCUUGACGAAAGCUUUGUGAAGGGUAUAAAGUUGGACGAUGAUGUGUUCGAUGCUCUAAUUUUUCACCUCUGCAAGGAAGAAAAUGUUUCUAGAAUUCUGAAAUUACUCGAUGAAAUGGUGGAAAAAGGACUUGCUCUUAGUUCUACUACAUGUACUGCUCUGUUACUUGGUUUUUACAAGGCAGGUAAUGUAGACAAAGCUUCAGAGGCUCUUGACAUUAUGCAGAAGUUGGGGUGGGUUCCAGCCUCUUCAAGCUUAGUCGAUUUGAUAAAUGCUGGGAAAAACGAUAUGAUCUCCGAUAGCUUCCCGAGUACUGCGAUGCAAGUAGGGUCGGUGUAGUCCGAUUACUGGAAAACUGUACUGGCUGUUUGAAGUGUUUUCACUUAUGCCUCAUUGGAGCAACAAAAAUGAUGGCCUAAGCAUGCUGCUAGUGAAGUUCUACUGUCAAUUUGGCUACCAUCUGACUUGGGGAAGUAACAAGCUUUCGGAUAUAGAAUCACUCACCUUUUGUUCAGUCACCGAACCGAGAAAUGAAAGACUGACAUGGAAGGAGAAAAAUCUGCAGACAACCCAACCCACAAGUUCAAAUUCCUCAUUUGGGUUUGUAAGGCAAUGCAACGAGUCAGUGAUGAUUGGUCCUGGCUAGUUCAUCGGAAAUGGCAGUAUGCGACAGCUAACGAUGCUCGGUCCUGGCUAGUUCAUUGGAAAUGGCGGUAUGCGACGUUAUUACACUGUAACAAUUCAUGGAAAGUUCCAACGGUUUGAGGUGGUCUUAAGCAUGGAUUUGGAAUGUGGGCUGUUUCUUUGACAUGAGAAUAAUGCACUCAGGAUUCAAAAAUAUUACUGUUUCAAUAAUUUGGAGCUGCCAUGAUAAAUAAUAUGGAUACCAAAUUAUUUUAUCUAUA